CAGUGGAGAAGCACCUUCACUUAAGCUUCUGAGUUUUUUACCUUCCAAGGCGCCGACUGAGCUCAAGAAUGAAGAUCCUGCUCGGUUUGGCUGUUCUGGUGGUGACGUUGGGGGUCCUUUAUUCUGCGCCAGAGGACCAACCAACAGUCGUCUCAGAGGACACCUUAAAACAGUUGUCCCUGAAUGGCGAGAAAGUUGUGGAUGAGGAGGUGACGAGAGCUCUGUAUGGGGUGAAGCAGAUGAGGGAGGUGAUGUGGAGGAACGAGCAGAAGCAUGGGCACCUCAUGAAGUCCCUCCGACACAGCAGUGACAAGAAGAAGGGGACAGACCAGCUGACUAAGGAGGUGACGGAGAAGCUGGAGGAGGCGGAGGAGCAGUGCAAAGACUCCCUGCAGUCUGAGUGGGAGGAGUGCAGACCCUGUCUGGAGGAUGCAUGUAAAACCUUCUACACCUCCACCUGCCGCAGGGGGUUUGGCAUUUUCCAUGCCAAGGUGGAGAACUUCUUCCGCAGAGUGUCCAGGCGCUUUGGCCCCCGCGAGCCUCGCCUGGAUGCAGGGGACAUCCUGGUGAAUCAGGGCCCCGACGACAGUGACACUGAGGUGGACCGCCUUGAGGAUUCCUUCAACCGCCUCACCAGCAAGGUGGGCAUGCUGGUGAACCGCAGCGUCGCCCUGGUCUCCAGGAUGAGCAGCAGGCUCGACAAAGUCCUCCAGAGAGCCUUCCUGAAUUACACCCACACCCUGACUGAGGAGACCACCGCUGAUCCCUACAACCCCGGCCGGGACUCGGGCUUCCUGCAGGGCGUGGGGCUGGAGGACGUGCUGGAGUCCUUCUUUGACUUCGGCAAGAGUGUGGUGGAGGAGUUUGGAGCUGUGGUGACCCAGGGGUUUGAUGACAUCCAAAAGGCAGUGGAGGAAGAGAAGAAGAAAGGGAGGGACAUUUUCCCCCGUUUCCUGCAGAACAGGAAGUUGUGCCGAGACCUUCGCAAACAGACCUCUGAGUGCUGGCAGCUGCAGAGCCAGUGCGAGGCGUGUCAGGGAGCUCUGCUCACAGAGUGCCCCAGGGUACGGCAGCUGCAUGUGGAGCUGGAUGAAGUUUUGCAGCUGCUGGAUGCGUCCAAAGAGCAGUAUGAUGAGAUCUUGUCAAUCGUCCAGCAACACACUGAUGAAACCGUCAACUGGCUCAGCAACAUGGCGGCUGACUUCAGCUGGGUGGCUCAGGUGGUGAGCAACAGCAGCACUCCUGAAAACAUCUUCAGUGUCACCCUGGUGGCGCCAAAGAGCCACGACAAACAGAAUGAAUCUGUGACGGAGGUGGUGGUAAACAUCCUCAACUCUCCUCAACUUAUCCUCUCCGUCCCUGGGGAGCUGGAGCUGCGGGACCCCUCAUUCAUCCAGUACGUGGCCCAGGAGGCUCUGAACAAGUACAAGGAGAUGGUCAGGUACGAUGAGGAGUAAAACUAGCGAGUCUCCUUUUUCUAAAACUCUCAGCAGCACUUUCUUUGUGAACAGAACUAGCUAGUGUUCCUGUAUAUGAACCGUGUCAAUCGUUGCUAUGUAUUAAAUGUAAAAAGAAG